AUGCCUUAUCCUAAUGGGCACCGCUGUGUUGAUCCCUGGGCGUUUGGCACUGUCUGGCUUCUUGUGGGAACAACCAAAAAUGGCAUCAACUCAGAUGCACAUUUGGUGUUCGAACCGAUAGACACUUCCAUCAUGGGGCCUCUUUGCACGGCCUACACCUUUGGUGCUCAAGGCCUGCUCCUGUGCAGCCAGGAUGUGCAGCCAGGCUCUGCGGGCACCUCAUCCAAAAGUCUGAGUUUAAGCCUAGCAUUUCUUCUGUUAGUUACAGGCACAGCUAUGGGAGCAAGAGGCCAGCGCAGACAGAGACAAGCCGAGGAGUCCCUCAGACCUUAUAUUGGCAGAGUACAGCCAGAAAAGCUUUGUGAGCUCCUUAAGUGUCACACUCCGGUCGGGUCUUGGUGCCAGGUGGUAAAAGACAAAGGCGUUCUCGUGCCAAAAUGCAUCUGCCCAAAGACCUGUACAAAGCAGAGGGCGCAAGUGUGCAGCGUUGUGGGCAAGACAUACUGGAACGAGUGUUUAUUGCAUAAAGAAUCUUGCAGAAAGAGGCGGCGCACGGGACUGGCUCACGCAGGACCCUGCAUGGUUCCCAGGGCUAAUUGCACCCAGGAGGAGUUAGGCCAGUUUCCAUACCGCCUUUUGGACUGGUUCCUACUGCUGCGCCGAAUGAGAGAGUCUUACGCACCUGACGCACCGACACAGAGCUGUCUCAGUCAUGCGCAGAGGACACAGCUUGCUCAGCAAAGAUUUGCCUUACUGGAUAGGAACGCAGACGGAAAGUUGAGCCGCAGAGACCUGAAGAAGCUGCAUUAUAAAAGGAUGCCUCUGGAGCACUGUGCUACAUCAUUCUUUCAAUCAUGUGACAGAGACAGGAACAGGAAGGUGACCCUGAGAGAAUGGACAACUUGCCUGGUGGAUAACUCUGAAGCCUGGUUCUACCACCUCAUGUCCAUCAAAAUGGGUUCUCACAAGUUGUGUCCUACACGGACUGAUGACGACCUUUAA